UCAGAUCGCAAUAACGACUGUCUGUAACAACAUGAAAGAUUAUAUUCCACAGGAGGAUAGAACAAAAUUUCGAUAUAUAAGUAAAAGCACAUUGAAAGAUACUAUGCAUCUUACCUUGACAAGUAGUGACCCAGCCAGAGCUGAGAAAAUGGACCACGAAUUCGGUACCUACGUUCAUCCCGAAACGUCACGUCUAGAAUAUCAAUGCAAAAGAUUUGUAAGAUCUCACAAGAAAGAUAUAUUGGAAUGGCAUGAAAAUAACGAGAACAAAACAUCGAUUGUAAAGUUUGUUUGUGAAGACAGAGUUCUUCAAAACGAUCCAACACUGACACAAUGUUUAGCAAAAGAAAACGCAAGAGAUGAUUUGUGGACAAAAACUUUUGACAGUUUGAAAGCUUACCAACACAUACUGGAUGAAUUGUAGGAUGUAAAUCAACAAAUCUUACUUGCU